UCCCGUGUCCCGGCCGCGUCGCCCACGUCGGGCCGCGCCCUGGGGACCCCCGCCGCGGCGCCAUGGCCUCGGAGUCGGUGAAGGUGGUGGUGCGCUGCCGCCCCAUGAACCAGCGGGAGCGGGAGCUGAACUGCCAGCCUGUGGUGACGGUGGACUCCGCGCGCGGCCAGUGCUUCAUCCAGAACCCGGGCGCCGCCAGCGAGCCGCCCAAGCAGUUCACCUUCGACGGCGCCUACUACAUGGACCACUUCACCGAACAGAUCUACAACGAGAUCGCCUACCCGCUGGUGGAGGGUGUCACUGAGGGCUACAAUGGCACCAUCUUCGCUUAUGGCCAGACGGGCAGCGGGAAGUCCUUCACCAUGCAGGGCCUGCCGGACCCAUCUUCGCAGAGAGGCAUCAUCCCCAGGGCCUUUGAGCACGUUUUCGAGAGUGUCCAGUGUGCAGAGAAUACCAAGUUCCUGGUCCGGGCCUCCUACCUGGAGAUCUACAAUGAAGAUGUCCGUGACCUUCUGGGGGCUGACACCAAGCAGAAGCUGGAGCUGAAGGAGCACCCGGAGAAGGGGGUGUACGUGAAGGGGCUCUCCAUGCACACGGUGCACAACGUGGCCCAGUGCGAGCACAUCAUGGAGACGGGCUGGAAGAACCGCUCGGUGGGCUACACGCUGAUGAACAAGGACUCCUCCCGCUCCCACUCCAUCUUCACCAUCAGCAUCGAGAUCUACGCCGUGGACGAGCGGGGCAAGGACCAUCUCUGUGCUGGCAAGCUGAACCUGGUGGACCUGGCAGGCAGCGAGCGGCAGUCCAAGACGGGUGCCACAGGGGAGCGGCUCAGGGAGGCCACCAAGAUCAACCUGUCGCUGUCGGCUCUGGGCAACGUCAUCUCGGCCCUGGUGGACGGGCGCUGUAAACACAUCCCCUACCGGGACUCGAAGCUGACGCGGCUGCUGCAGGACUCGCUGGGUGGCAACACGAAGACGCUGAUGGUGGCCUGCCUGUCACCCGCAGACAACAACUAUGACGAGACGCUCAGCACACUGCGCUAUGCCAACCGGGCCAAGAACAUCAAGAACAAGCCAUGUAUCAACGAGGACCCAAAGGAUGCCCUCCUGCGCGAGUACCAGGAGGAAAUCAAGAAGCUGAAGGCGAUCCUGGCCCAGCAGAUGAGCCCCAGCAACCUGUCAGCCCUGCUGUCCAGUCAGGCCCCCCUAAACCCUGUCCAGAUUGAGGAGCAGCUGGUGCCCCCACCUGUGAUCCAGUCUGACACAGAGGCCGAGAAGCAGCUGAUCCGGGAGGAGUACGAGGAGCGCCUGGCCCGGCUGAGGGCCGACUAUGAGGCGGAGCAGGAGUCCAGGGCCCGGCUGGAGGAGGAUAUCGCUGCCAUGCGCAGCUCCUACGACGUGAAGCUGUCCACGCUGGAGGAGAACCUGCGAAAGGAGACAGAGGCUGUCCUCAAGGCAGAGGUCCUCAAGGCGCAGGGCACAUCCAGGGCUGAGUUUGCCAACAGGUCUGAGUGCUCCCCCACGUUCCACUCCGAGAUGGCCCUGAAACCUGGGAUCCACUCCAUGCUGCACACCCUGCCCGGCGGGGAUGUCUCCAAGACUGAGCUUUCUCCCGGGUUCGAGGAGCUGCCCGCGGCGGAGACUUCCAAGUCUGAGGUGUCUCUGGGGUCUGAUGACUCUUCCACGCUCGAGGAAACCUCCAUGUCCGAAGCCUACCCGGGGCCCCAGGAGCCUUCCGACGUGGAGUUCUCCGUGCCUGAGGCGGAGGCCCCGAGCAGCUACCUCCCAGAGCCGCACCUCAGCCCGGGGGCCACGGAAGCCCUGCCGCAGGCCGGACCCGUCCAGCUGGCAGCCCUGGGGCUGUUGCCCAGCCUGCAUGACCCGUUUGCCGAGGUGGAAGCCAAGCUGGCCAGGCUCUCCUCCGCAGUGGCCGGGGCCGAGGCGCUCCAGGCCGGCGCACCCAGGCUCUGCACACAGCACCCCUCCCUGAAGGAUCUGCUGAGGCCUGGUGUCCUUAGGGCUGAAGCUGAGACAGCUGACUGCCUCCUGCCCAGGGCUGAGGUUGACGAGGGCCCAGAAGUGGCCGAGGAGUUGGUGUUGGCAGCAGAGCCUGGCGUAGGGGCCGAGGCUGAGGCCCAGGUGGCCUUGGAGGCUCAGCCUCAGCCCUUGCUGGCCACGACCAGUGUGAGAAGGGACAGUGUGGGCAUGGAGAUGGCCGUGCUGACCGACGACCUGCUGCCUGUCGUGGACCAGCAGCAGGUGCUUGCCCGUUUGCAGCUAUUGGAGCAGCAGGUGGUGGGGGGGGAGCAGGCCACGAACAAGGACCUGAAGGAGAAGCACAAGCGGCGGAAGCGGUACGCGGACGAGCGCAAGCGGCAGCUGGUGGCGGCCCUGCAGAACUCGGACGAGGACGGCGGCGACCGGGUGCUGCUCAACGUCUACGACUCCAUCCAGGAGGAGGUGCGGGCCAAGAGCAAGCUGCUGGAGAGGAUGCAGAGGAAGCUGCGGGCAGCAGAGGUGGAGAUCAAAGACCUGCAGUCGGAGUUCCAGCUGGAGAAGAUCGAUUACUUAGCCACCAUCCGCCGGCAGGAGCGGGACUCCAUGCUCUUCCAGCAACUCCUGGAGCAGGUGCAGCCCCUCAUCCGCCGGGACUGUAACUACAGCAACCUGGAGAAGAUAAGGCGCGAGUCCUGCUGGGACGAGGACAAUGGCUUCUGGAAGAUCCCCGAGCCCAUCAUCAUAAAAACCAGCCUCCCAGUAGCAGUUCCAACAGGGCCACAGAACAAAGUAGUCCGCAAAACCUCUGCAGCUGACAACGGUGAACCAGGCACGGAAGAAGACCGCUACAAGCUGAUGCUCAGUCGGAGCGACAGUGAAAACAUUGCCAGUAACUACUUCCGGUCCAAGCGAGCCAGCCAGAUCCUCAGCACGGAUCCCAUGAAGAGCCUCACGCAUCACAGCUCGCCCCCCGGCCUCAGCUCCCCACUCAGCAACACCUCUGCCAUCUCGCCUACCCAGGCCCCCGAAAUGCCCCAGCCCCGGCCCUUCCGCCUCGAGUCCCUUGACGUCCCCUUCACCAAGGCCAAGCGAAAGAAAAGCAAAAGCAGCUUUGGCAGUGAGCCUCUGUGAACGCGGCCUCCUGCGGCUGUCCUGCCCCAGGGUUUCCGUGAGACUGCCAGCCCCCACCCCCCAGGGCAGCCCCAGCCAGUCCUCCUCACCCCUGCCCCCACGGUGCCCGGAUGCCCGAGGGGGUCCUUGCCCUGGGAAGAGCCUUGCCCUUCCCUGUUACCCGACCUUGCAGAGGUGCGCUCCGGCUCUCCAUGCCACGCCAGUAUUACAUCUGCUCCCCUGCCACAGCCCGCCAUGCCCACCCGGGUUAUUCUGUGCCUCAGUGGGCCCAGAAACCUCAAGGCACUCACCAGCAGCCCCGACAGAGUGGGCAGCAGCUUCCGUGUGGAUCAAGGACAGCAUCUUGGUGAUGGACAAUCGUGUCUCUGUCCACCAGGGCCCCCUUCCUGGGGAAAGCUGGACGAUGUGGGCGCGGGAGUCCUGGGGCAACUGUUCCACGCUGCCCACUCCCAGCUGGUCUGUGGCCUCGAGGAGGCUGCCCCACAUGAAGCUGCCCCAAUAAACUGCCUUUUACCGAUGAGCUCCCUUCCCCAGUCCUCUGACCGUGUCACUGGGGCCCCUCCUGCCACUGCUGCGUGGCCUUCACGGGGAAGCGCUUUGGGAGCAGCGUUUCUUAACUACCCGAUGCCUUGAAAACAGGCCGCAGGGUUUCUGCAACUCCCCACACUGGUGAGUGCAAGUGCAUUUUUCUGGGGAGAGCACCUGAGCUGUCAUUAGCUUCUCAAAAGAUCUGUGAGUCAGAAAAGCAGAGCCCUUGUUUUGGAAAAUAGAGAUUGUGUCUUGCUGAGACCCAGAAAAAGGCCAGGUUCGGACAGUCCUCAGGGGCUGUGCUGGAACUGGAUGCCCUGACGUGGCCAGAAACGAACGAAAGCUGUCUGGGCUACUGAGGAUACACCCCUCCCCCUGCCCUUCGUAUCCCAGGCCUCACCAUCAGAGGGAAGAGUCUCGGCCUUUGGUUGAAGAGGAGACUCAUUUCACUCUGGGCCCCAUCUGUGAAAGGGGAACAGCUGCUCCCUAGAGCUAUUGUGAAGUUUCUAUGAGAGUAAGUGAUGUUCCCAGUACACAGCAGGUGCCUUGCGUUAGUCCCCCUUGUUCCUUCUCCUCCGUAUUUUGCAUUAAUUUACCGUGGUGGAUCCCAUAGGCCACUUGCCUGGACCAAGCUCAUGCCCUGGAGAUCAGUCUAACUUCAGGCAGGCUGCAGUACCCAUGUUGAGAGGAAGAACAGGUCUUUAUGGGGAACAGAGUGCCCUUGUGAAAGUAGGGGCUAUUAUAAAGGAUGGAGAAGAUCCUGGGAGGCUUAAGAUGGGAAUGGCGGGGGGCAUGAGCAA